AUAAAAAUUCAGCCUUAAAGAACAUUUAUUGGUGAUUAAUAGUCAGCCCGUGAUAAGAAUCCUAUCCACUCGAGACGCCGAUCGGAUUCGGAUCGAAGUUAGCUCUACUUGGGUCCCAACAUGCCCAACCCUCGGGGCUGAUGUCUGAAACGAAUGGGCUUCAGAGGAAUGCAAGGGGGUUACGUCGGUAUAUCUCUCGUUGGUCCAGGUUGUGGAGACCAAGUAAGAGACCAGACUCAAGUCUCUUCUAGUUCUUCUAGCUCUUCUAGAUAUGCGGCACAGCGUGGGGAUGCUCGGGCUUCCUGAGCGGCUGCACGACGGCCUUAGGCAGAUGACUUUAGCGUUCUAGAGAUGAUCUUAGCCCAUCAUUGUUUCGGGGGCAAAGUUUGCUUGGUACGUGUAGAUUAGCUAUAGGCAUGGUGCUGCGAUGCGAACCGAGCUUUGCCACGUGAGGUCUGCCCAAGCAUCCAACCAGGCUAAACCAGGUAAGCAAUUGCAUGAUAUUGUCUCGUCGAAUGAGAUCAGCCGCCUCAGCUGUACGAUAGGAUCACGCCAGGGGUAUGUGAUGAAGCUAGUACAACAGUGACAACACCCCACCGACGAUGCUGUCGUUGCUCUACUCGUCAGAAAACAACCAAGAUUCCGGGAAUUUUUUACUUUUUUACUUUUUAUUUAAUUAUUUAAUUAGAAGAUGGAAGCUAUAGAUAUCGAGCACGACCUGGUUGUCGUUGAGGAAUUUGAUGCUUUAUCUAUCGAGGUUAUCAACGUCGCGGAAUUGGAAGCCCAGGCUGACGAAGACGUUAAGAGAUACCCUGCCAAACAACACGCGAGAAAGGUUGCCAAAGAACUUGGAGUCGAUAAUGGAAUCAUCUAUCUACCGGGCCAGCUAGAAUCAACAUGGGAAGAUUCAGAUCAAGGGCCCCCAUUUCGGCAACGACGAUAUUUCUACUAUCUGACCGGGGUCGAUUUCCCGGGCUGUAGCGUGACUUACGAUAUUGCCGCAGACAAACUCACGUUAUGGAUCCCGUUCACACCUCCGGCAACCAUACUCUGGUUUGGAAAGACGCCUACGCUGGAAGAAUGUCUCGCCAAGUCGGACGUUCACGACGUCAAGUACAUCGGCGAGCUCCCGGCUUACCUGAGCGCGCGGUUGACGACGAUCAAGUCUCUGUACGCUCUCCGCUCGGCCCAGUUGCCAAAGUUCGACGGCUUCGAGCAGCUGCGGUCGUCCCUCAAGAUCGACGUCACGUCUCUCCAGCCCGCUAUGGACGAAUCUCGGGUUAUCAAGUCUGACUAUGAGAUAGCUAUGAUCCGUAGGGCUAACCAAAUCUCGUCCGCGGCCCACAGGAAAACGGCGUUGCAGUUGUCUGGCAUGAAGAAUGAGUGCGAAAUCGAGGCCACAUUUGCCGCCGCGUGUAAGGCGGCUAACGCCGGGGCGCAAGUUUACCCCAUCAUCGCCGGCUCUGGUUCCAACGCUUCGACGCUGCACUACGAAGCCAACAACGAACCGCUUGCUGGACGGCAGCUUGUGGUGCUCGAUGCUGGCACCGAAUGGAAUUGCUACGCUAGCGAUAUAACGCGUACCCUUCCCCUAGGCCCACGGUAUAGAUUUAACUUGGAGGCCCGAGCUAUUUAUGAGCUGGUCCACAAGAUGCAGGAAGAGUGCAUUCAGCGCAUCAAGCCAGGCGUCAUCUUCCGGGAUUUGCAGCUACACGCAACGUUUAUCGCCGUCCAAGGCCUAUUGGAGCUCGGAAUCUUGCGCAACGGAACUGCCGAAGAGAUCUUCAAGAACGGCACCGGCGCCGCUUUCUUCCCGCAUGGACUCGGUCAUCAUGUUGGGCUUGAUGUUCACGACGUUCUUAGCAAAGACCUUCUGCGUCCCGCCGGCGAGAGCAUGUGGGGAAAGCGUCGACCUAUUGGCCCCCAGUCCGUCCGCGCCAUGAUCAAGCAAGCCGCAAACAGCGCUGCUCCCACGCCUUCGUCACCAACCAGUACCGGCACGAGCACAUCGCAGGACCCCCAGUUGCCACCUACGCUUACGGAGUCGUCACCAGCGCAAUCCGCAAACCCGCCUCUCCCGCCUUCGUCCCCUCCGGUAGCAGCAGCAGCCACAACAGCGGAACCGACGUCCGCGCCCUCAAGCCGGAAGAACAGCAGCGACAACGACACCGUCAACGGCGACGUCAACCCGCCUCUCCCACCGGAGCCCCAGCUGUCCCGGCGCCUACCCUUACCUCCUCCCCAGCGGCAGCAGACCAUCUCGCAGCUUACCAGCGACGGCAACGGCAAGAGCAAGAAGCCGAAACGGCCGGUCCGCAGCGCCCUGCAGCCGAACAUGGUGGUCACGGUCGGGCCGGGGAUAUACUUCUGCCGGCCGUACGUGGAGGCGUACUUCCUGCGGCGCCCCGAGCACGCGCGGUACAUCGACGCCGCGGCGCUCGAGCGCUACUGGGCCGUCGGCGGCGUGCGCGUCGAGGACUGCGUCCUGGUCACGCCCGACGGGCGCGAGGACCUGACGACCGCUCCGAAGGGGAGGGACUUGUUGCGGUUGAUGGGGUAUGCUUAGGAGGACGACGACGCCGAUUCAAUUUUUUUUUAAAAAAAAAGAAAUUGAAAUGAAAUGAAAUGAAAAUGAAAUUAAAGAGAAAAAGAAAAAGAAGGGGGGUGGGAGUAUCUGGCCUCACCGACUAACUAACUAAUAAAAAUAAGGAACCAAAAAAUGAAUACCCGGAAUCGAAGAAAAAAAAAGGACAAGCAAGCGAGCGAGCGAUCUUAGGUAUAUACUUCUCGGGACUUUCUUUUUUUGCGCGAAUUUACUUUGUCGGUCAUCAUCCGCGUAUACAGACACACACACGCAAGGUAAAUACCGAUGUAUACGAGGGACGGGAUGGAUGGGCAUAGGCGUCCAGGGAAAAUUUCAACUACCUAGCUGUAUAUGUUUGUAUCUUUUGCCACAUUUAUGUAUGAAGCACCUACGUACGUACAAAGGGGGUAGUCGUCAUCUUUUGGGGGAGGGGGGAGUUUUCCAAGCUUCGUUUGGUGGGAGUUUUGAAUUCCUAAAAUACUCGAUUUUCGCGAGCAGAUUGGACCAGAUCAAAUCUUAUAAAAUAAAUGAAUAAAUAAAUAAACCGUUAUAUUAGGUUAGGUAUCUACCUACUUGCGCGGAUUACCUUGCAU